ACAGGAGGUAAGGUCUUGAAACGAGCACAAGAAGAAACCAUUGUGAAUUGACAUUACGGCUACAGGCGUCCAUAUCCGAUCAGACUGUGUUUCAUCCUGUGCUUCGUCCCGUGGGUUGUCCAGAGGUGUUAAUUAUUAAGUCUACCUAAAUUAAUUGUGAAAAUUUCGGUAGUAGGUAUUAUGGAGGAGUGGGAUCAUUUGCAGGAUAUCGUUUUACCCCAACCAGAAAUUUCAGAAGUUGGUUUGCUGUUGGGUGCUAAUGCGUUUUUGGCAAUGGAGCCAUUAAGGGUUAUCCCAAGUGUCAAUGGUAGCCCGUAUGCGACGCUGACCAGAUUCGGAUGGGUAAUAUGUGGUUUGAAUCAGACGGCAGGCCCACCUGACGUUACAACGGUUUGCAAGACAACUGUCACUGAAGGUGAAUCUCUGGAAGAAAUGAGCAAGUCAUCAAACAACCAUAAAUACGCGGAACAUUUGCAUUGCACGAAAAGAGAGUUGUCCGCCGCAGAUCGUUUGUGGAUGAGGAAGGUGGAAAGUUCUGUUGCGUACAAAGGUGGUCAGUACAACGUCCCUCUGCACUUAACGGACGAUCAUGUCAAAUUACCGAACAUUCUUUAUUUUGUGAUUUUAGUGAUUUUAUUUUGUACAAUUGUAUCUUGCGUUGGAGAACGAUUACAGAAUGCUGACCUUGCUUAUAACGCGAAACAUCGCAUCAUAAUGUUGUCCCAUGAGAAGAACACAGAGAUGCUCAUGCUCAUGCAAGACGUGCACAAAAGGCUGGGACACGCUGGACGGCAACACGUUUUGGCUGAUGUGCAAGAUGUAAUGUGGUUCUUGGAAAGAAAUGCCACGGUACGAAGGGGUUUGAGCACGUGUUUGUUUUGCAAGCGAAGAUAUCAUUCGUCUUUGGGAAGACCUUUAGAAGGCAUGACAACCAGCACAUCAAUGAAAAACGAGACUUUGGUGACUUUCAUGUGCAAAGUUGAGGCAAUUAUAAACAGCAGACCACUGACACCAGUUUCCACUGAUCACCUUGACACUGAGCCACUUUCUCCAAACCUCCUGCUACUCGCUGGUGCAGGGUACGACCUCGUUCCCGUCAAUCUUUUUGACAAAACAGACAGCAACAGUCGUAAGAGAUGGAAGCAGGCAGCUUAUUACGCGGAUAUGUUUUGGAAACGCUGGCGGGCCGAAUAUUUGCCAUUGCUCCAGGCUAGGCCACACCAUUUAAGUAGAGCUAAUCCAAAUUUAGGUGUGGGCGAUAUUGUGGUAGUGGUUGACGAAAGUGUCCCACGAGGUCAAUGGCCAUUGGGUCGAGUACUUAGGGUGAAACACAGCGCUGAUGGAUUGGUUCGCUCUGUGGAACUGCAAGUCCGGGGCACAACGCUGCAGCGCCCAGUGACGAAGAUUGUGAAACUGAACUGACAGUAUAUGACAAGGUUGAAACCUCAGGGACAGAGGUUUCAAGGGGAGGGUGUUGUUGCGGCAACAGCAUCGAUUUAUUGCUUAUUUUGGAGUGAGGGAUCCCCCGAAACACAAGAAAAAAUCUGGCUGCAAGAGGUUACUUAGUUUCAUUAAAAUGCGUGAGAUGCAUCUUAAAAUCAACAAAAAUUCAAAAAAGAUAAAGAAAGAAAGAAAAACAAGAAAGAGGAAACAAACGAAAAUGGCGUAGGCAAACUUCGAAACAAUUGAACACGAAACUAUGAAAUUGAAGUGCGAAAGCGAUCGAACGAUUACGAAAACGAAGCGAAAACGAUCGAAGGAAGCGAAAGAAAUUCGAACGAAGUGACGCCGAUUCAAGCGAUCGAGAAUCGCUUCAGAUGAAUUCUAUGUAUAAUUUGUGAGAUGAUCGCCAGUAUAAAUUAAGAGUUGAAAUGUG